CGCACCCUUCACAGCUUCUAUUGGUCGUGGCAGACGUCCGUUGCCGCUAUCCCGCCCCAAUCGGAAGCUACGGGGGUACUCCGGGGAUCCCGACCGCCGGGUGGGGUCCCAAGGGCCCAUGGGGACCAGCCCCUGGGCGGUGGGGAGCGCUGAGGGGGCGCCGGCGCGGCUGCCCCUUGUGCUCACCGCGCUGUGGGCCGCGGCCGUGGCCCUGGAGCUGGCCUACGUGCUGGUACUGGGUCCCGGGCCGCCCCCGCUGGGACCCUUGGCCCGGACCUUGCAGCUUGCGCUGGCAGCCUUCCAGCUGCUCAACCUACUGGGCAACGUGGGGCUCUUCCUGCGCUCGGAUCCCAGCAUCCGGGGUGUGAUGCUGGCCGGCCGUAGUCUGGGCCAGGGCUGGGCUUACUGCUACCAGUGCCAGAGCCAGGUGCCACCACGCAGUGGGCACUGCUCUGCCUGCCGCAUCUGCAUCCUUCGCCGGGACCACCACUGCCGCCUGCUGGGCCGCUGCGUGGGCUUCCACAACUACCGGCCCUUCCUGUGUCUGCUGCUUCACGCCGCAGGUGUCCUGCUUCACAUCUCUGUGCUGCUGGGCCCUGCCCUGUCUGCCCUGCUGCGAGCCCACUCACCUCUCCAUACUGCCGCCCUCCUCCUGCUGCCCUGGCUGAUGCUGCUCACAGGCAGAGUGUCUCUGGCGCAAUUCGCCCUGGCCUUCGUGACCGACACGUGUGUGGCGGGUGCGCUAUUGUGUGGGGCUGGACUGCUCUUCCAUGGGAUGCUGCUGCUGAGGGGCCAGACCACGUGGGAGUGGGCCCGGGGCCAGCACUCUUAUGACCUGGGUCCCUGCCACAACCUGCAGGCAGCCCUGGGGCCCCGCUGGGUCCUCGUCUGGCUCUGGCCCUUCCUGGCUUCCCCGUUGCCUGGGGAUGGGAUCACCUUCCAGACCACAGCUGAUGUGGGACUCAUGGCUUCCUGACUUUGGGAAGAGCUUGAGCUGUACAAGGUGUGGGAAGCAGGAGAGGUGACUCAACUCAUUUCAGACCCACCCCCAGCCUCAGGAGGGGAGGCGACUUGUUACUUGAUGCCUGCUUUUGGCAACUCCAGCCCCACCCUUGGCCUUGGCCUUGGCCUUGCCCUUGCCCAGCUUGGACACCUAGUGUCCAGGGCUUGGGCCCUGUGAUUCUGCCUCUGUCAGUGGCCCCUAAAUACAGUGGAGGGUCUGGUAAGGGUCUGCUUAGCCAACCUAGCUGCCCCUUUGCCAGGAUAAUAAAGCUCCCCUCUUGGUUUUUGGA